AUGGUGGUUGGAAACCAGACCCUCUGCACCAAAUUCACAUUUGUGGCUUUUUCUUCUCUAGCAGAGUUACAGUCUUUGCUCUUCUUUGUGUUCUUAGUUAUCUAUCUGUUUACUGUGGGAGGAAACCUUAUCAUCAUUGGCCUCAUCUGGGUCACUUCAUGCCUGCACACGCCUAUGUAUUUCUUUCUGGUGAAUCUCUCCUUUUUGGAGAUGUGCUACAUCAGCAGUGUGGUACCUCAGAUGCUGGUGCACCUACUGGUAGAGAUCAAGACCAUUAGCAUAGAAGGUUGUGCAGCUCAGAUGUACAUAUUCACUAUCUUGGGACUCACAGAAUGUUGUCUGCUAGCAGCCAUGGCUUAUGACCGCUAUGUAGCCAUUUGUUACCCCCUGCAUUAUACUCUCUUGAUGGGCCCUAGUGUGUGCUUGAAAUUGGCUGCAGCAUCAUGGACCACUGGAGUGGUGGUGGAGUCAGUUCAGACCACUUGGAUUUUCACUCUGCCCUUCUGUGGAACCGGAAAGAUUCAGCACUUUUUUUGUGAUAUCAUGCCUGUGGUGAAACUGGCUUGUGUUGAUACUUCCCACAAUGAGAUAGUGAUGUUUGCCGUGUCAGUGCUCUUCAUCAUGAGUCCCUGUCUCCUCAUUCUGUGCUCUUAUGUUCGCAUCCUUAUGGCUAUCUUGAGAAUCCCCUCAGCAGCUGGCAGGCACAAAGCAUUCUCCACCUGUUCUUCUCAUAUCCUAGUUGUUUCUCUGUUCUAUGGGACUGCCUUAUUCACUUACCUACAACCUAAGACUGCCCACACUCCAGAAACAGACAAGGCUACUGCCCUCAUGUACACAGUGGUCACUCCUGCUUUGAAUCCUGUCAUCUAUACCUUAAGGAACAAGGAAGUGAAGGAAGCCUUUCAAAGGAUUACACAAAGAAACCCUCUUCGACAAAUGGCUUAA